AUUUUUUCUUGUUGGAUUUUCUAUAUCUUGCGACAUGCAAUAGAUUAAGAAAAAAUUCAAUUUUCUUGUCGACUUAAUAUCGAUUUUCGAGAUACAAAACCUCGAAAUUCAUUGAUAUUAGUGAAAAGUCGAACUACUUUUAUUCAAUCGAAAUGUAUUUAUCUCCAUUAUUUGCUUUGUUCAUAAUGAGUUUGCAACGAAUUUGUUUAUGCUAAGAGUAUUUGAAGAACAUGAAUACGUUGACCUUUGCAAUUAAAAUUAGAAUAAUAAAAGAUAUCAAUUCAUCUUUACAGAUGUACCAUAGGAAAUUCAAAAGAAUUUUAUAACCUUAUCUGAUUUCUUACGUGUGUAAAACACUCGUUGAAUUGAAAUGUUUUAUGCGGAAAGAUAAAAACGAUUAUUUAGAAUAUGGUGUCUGAUUUCUUUUACCCUAACAUGGGUGGUGUUGAGGAACAUAUCUUUAAUUUAUCUCAAUGUUUAAUGGAGCUUGGGCAUAAAGUUGUAGUGCUUACUCAUUCCUAUGGUGAUAGAAUUGGAGUGCGUUAUAUGACAAAUGGCCUAAAAGUAUAUUACAUACCAGUAAAAGUAUUCUACAAUCAAUGUGUUCUUCCAACAAUGAUUUGUUCUAUCCCUCUCAUUAGAUAUAUCUUUCUAAGGGAAGAAAUCCAAAUAGUUCAUGGCCAUUCUGCAUUCUCUGCUCUUGCUCAUGAAGGGAUGUUAAUUGGCCGCUUGAUGGGAUUGAAAACCAUUUUCACAGAUCAUUCGCUUUUUGGUUUUGCGGAUGCCUCUGCGAUUUUAACAAAUAAAUUUUUAGAGAUAUCGUUAGCUGAUUGCAAUCAUUGUAUAUGUGUAUCACAUACUGGGAAAGAGAAUACAGUAUUGAGGGCAAAGGUCUUAAAAGAGAAAGUUUCUGUUAUCCCAAAUGCAGUUGAUACUACUUUAUUUAUGCCUGACAUCAGUAAAAGAGAUGAUAAUUUUAUUACAAUAGUCAUAGUAUCGCGACUAGUAUAUCGCAAAGGUGUCGAUUUAUUAGCUCGUAUUAUACCCGAUCUUUGUAGUCGAUACAAGAAUGUGCAAUUUCUAAUUGCUGGAGACGGUCCUAAAAGAUGGCUCAUAGAAGAAGUACGAGAAAGAAACUUGUUACAACAUAGGGUAACGUUGCUUGGAAGCUUGGAGCAUUCUCAAAUUAGACAUGUAUUGAAUAAGGGUCAUAUAUUCCUAAAUACAAGUCUGACAGAAGCAUAUUGCAUGGCAAUUGUUGAAGCCGCAUCAUGCGGUUUACAAGUUGUUUCAACAAAAGUCGGUGGUAUACCUGAAGUACUGCCACCUGAUUUAAUUUAUUUAGUAGAACCCACAGUACCUGCUCUUAUUAGUGGACUAGAAUCUGCUAUAACAGAUUAUAAAGAAGGAAAUACUAGAUGUCCAUUUGAAAUGCAUAGAAGGAUAAGUUUAUUUUAUAACUGGUUUAAUAUUACUAAAAGGACCGAAAUAGUUUACAAUUUAGUAAAACAAGAAAAUAAAAAGAAUUUAGGUCAACAAUUAGCGAGUUAUGUUCAAAGUGGAGUAUUAGCCUAUUUACUUGUUGUAUCAUUGUGCUACAUCAUUUUACAAAUUUUAGAAAUCCUUGUACCGCAAAAGUACAUUGAUAUUGCAAAAGAUUAUGCUGAAAUUAACGUCAUACAGCCUCGAGGAGACGAAAAAGAGGAUUAAUAUUUUAUUUCCAAGAUGUACUAUAAGGUGAUAUAAGCAUUUUGAUAGUAUGUGUUUUAUAUAUCAAAUACAUUCCUAUCCAGUACGAUUUAAAUAUAUCUUUUCGUGCAGGAGGUUCAACUAUUCAUAAAAAUACUUCCUAACAUUCUUUUGAGAUAACAUAUUUUCAUGUUGUAUAAAUAUAUAUGUACAAAAACAGAAAUACAGUGUCCAAAGUACAAAUACAGUUGUUAAAAAAAAAUUAAACUAAUGUAAAAUUA